AAAGGCGGCGAAAAGCGGCAAAACGUUCCGUUUUCGGAGCAUCCCCGCAUUAGUCAGCAGCUCGUGCUUCGCUGCCUGAGGCUUGUGUUUCGAUGAUAUCAACCCUUGGAGCAAGCGUCAUUUCAUUUAUCCCUUUAAAAACAUCCUUCACGGACUACGGAAGAUACCUCUAUCCGACUUGCUAAUUUAUCCAUAGUAAUACAAAAACCACUCUGUAAAUAUGGCUGGUGUGGCCUUGCUCGGAAGCACGGGGAUGGUGGGUACCCAUAUCCUCUCCAGUCUUCUUUCAAACCCAGCUGUUGCGCGCGUGGAUACCAUUUCCCGUCGCACGCCUCCGGCCGCCAGCGCCGCCCAAACCAAGCUGACCACGUUUGUCUCCGAUGAUACUUCGCGCUGGGCGAGUCAGCUCUCCUCUCUGACCCCUGUGCCCUCCAUUUUUAUCUCUUCCUUUGCAACGACACGUGGUGCUGCUGGGGGAUUUGAGAACCAGUACAAGAUCGAGCAUGAUCUGAACAUCGAGAUGGCACGUGCGGCGCACGACGCAGGAACCAAGGUGUACGUACUGAUUUCGAGCAACGGCGCCAGUACCACUUCUUCGAUUCCCUACACUCGUAUGAAGGGUGAAAUUGAAGAACAUGUGAAGGAGAUAGGGUUCGAAAGGACGGUCAUCCUACGCCCUGGACUCAUCGCAGGCCAGAGAGACGAAAGCAGACCGAUGGAGGCGGCUGUCCGCUUCAUUGCAGGUGCCAUGGGCAAGUUGCACUCCAGUCUGAAGGAUAGCUGGGCACAGGAAUCGGAUGCCAUUGCCAGGGCCGCGGUUAAUGCAGGUCUCAAGGCCCUGAACGGCGAUGUUCCUGCGGGCAGCGAGAAAGUCUGGAUUCUGGGCGGCAGUGAUAUCCUCCGUCUUGAGAAGGAGUCUUCUUAAUUGCCCCGAAAUGCUGUGAAACUGUCAGAUUCUUUGUAUGAUCGCAUUGUAUUCAUGACUUGAUAUCCAUUUAUAUAAUGAUUUGCGUUGUCCCUGCUCGAAGAUAUUGC